AUGGGGCCCGGUGGCCCCGGGGGCAGGUGGCCCCUCGCCGGGACCCUGCUGGUGGCCAUGGCCACCUCGAUGGUGGCCGGGGGUGAGGACUGCCUGUGGUACGUGGACAGGAACGGCUCGUGGCACCCGGGCUUCGACUGCGAGUUCUUCACCUUCUGCUGUGGCACCUGCCAACAGCGCUACUGCUGCAGGGACCCCCUGCGACUGCUCACCGAGCGCCAGCAGCGACACUGCUUCGCCUUCAGCCCCAAGACCAUCGCGGGCAUCGCCUCGGCUGUGGUGCUCUUCAUCGCCAUCGUCACCACCAUCGUGUGCUGCUUCAUGUGCUCCUGCUGCUACUUGUACCAGCGGCGCCGGGCCCCGCCCACCCCCCUGGCAGGCCCGGAGAUCCCCCUGUCCAGCUACCCCCCCGCGGCCCCCCCGGCGCCGUUCCCCGUGGACCCCAAAGCCGGCCCCGCGCCCCCCCAGCCCGGCUUCACCCCUAUGGCCAUGUACCCCCCUCCCGGGCCUGCCCAGUACCCCGUGUACCCCUCAGGGCCCCCAGUCUACAACCCCACAGCACCCCCGCCCUACGCCCCGGCACAGCCCAGUUAUCCCGGAGCCUGAGCCCCCCCGGGGACC